AUGCUAUAUGAUGACUCGCUUCGUGAGCUUCCGAUUCGUCAAUUAUGCAGUAAGCUUGUUGGCUUGCAUACAUUCAAAGAUCAUCGCUUCCGGAUCGUACCUGAACGGGCUGGCGAGGAUCUAGAUGAUAUUUGUCGGGCUUUUGGUAGCUGUCUUGUAUUGAUGCAUUUGAAGGACAUUUAUGAAAGAUACUCUGGGGAUGAUGCGGAGGACGAUGAACGCUACUCAGAUGAGAGAAUCCUUUCUUUUCUACAGAAGUUCACAGACGAGUACGGAGCAUAUAUUGAGUCUCUAUCAGAUGAAAAGGUCUUUGAGAUUCUUGGAGUUAUCGAAGACCCAAAGUUUGGAUGGAUGCUCAGUGAGCUGAGGAAAAGAUGUACGAAGAGCACUUUGGGGGAACGGUGA